CCCACCACCUGGCUCCUGCCAGCCCUUGUGCGAGGCAGAGAUUUUGCGCGCGCGCCCCGGGGCAAGGCUAGUGCCAUCACUGUUCUGUGCGGUGGUUUCGGUGAAAGAGACCGCCAGACAGAGCCUGGUGGACAGACAACAGAGAGGAGGAGGCGGAGGCGAGGUCUCCAACGGAGAGUGGAUAGUGCAGGGGGGAGAGGGGAUAGAGCGUUGCAUUUUCUUGCCCACGGGCACGGAAGGUCAGCCUCUCGGCAGCACGGGGCGCCGCCAUUGCUCCCGUCGGCGCCGCCUGUUCUUGUGUGUUUGCUUCAGUUCGCACCAUUAAACAGGAUGGAUGCGAUGGACUUCCUGGCCGGAAUGGGUAUGAACGAGGAGGAUCUUAUGACGAUGGUGUUUGACAAUAAUGUUGCCGACCUGAGAGAAGACACAUUUGAUGGUUCGGAGGAGGAAAGGAAAAUCUUCGAGGAGAUUUUCGGUGGCGGACAGAACAAUUCACAACCAAGCGCAAGCAAAACAUCUAGCGCGCCCUCCGGCUCUGCCUCCAGUGGCAAGAUGGUGUACUGCCGCAUAGUGGAAUCCUUCACCCACGGCAACCUAUCGAGCUAUCAUGUCUUCGAUCACAGUGCUAGUCAACAGAUGCAGAACGCAAUGCCUUGCACAGAUCAUGACAGGCCUUCUGAGCUCAUGGUACAGUCGACGCCACCUUCCAUUGAUGGCGUGUACACUCGCAGGGCGGUGACUCACAAUCACAGCAGCCAGAGAGCACAACUUUCCGGUGUCCUGGAUUUGGAGAGGGUCGACAUCACCAGCGUCAUCACGCGGCGACCGGGCGGCUGCGGCUUUGCAAUGCUCUGGAACCAUCUCCGGCUGCACGCGCAUCUUCUGAUGAUGGACGCCGGGUGGAGGAUCGAGGGCAAGGAAAGGGGGAACAAGAGCAAGAUCGAGGGCAAGGCCAUGGGGAACAAGAGCAAGAUCGACCUCAUGUACGAGUCGCCCGACAAGCUGAUGCGCCUGGCUUCUCUUGCCAGGGCUUGGAAGUGCUUUGGUGAGUGGCUGCUUCUCCGUUCGUCCAGAGUCGAUGGAGGUGACUGUGGAAAGGAAUGGUCCAACAUGCAUGACUUUCUGUGUGAUUUGAAGAACACAAUGUUGUGCUUGGAACACGAGGCCCGGCGCCCCGAGCAAUCCCUGUCUUUCAUGCACCAGUGGCGGCUGCUGGACCCUUUCAUGGCGGUGGUCUGCAUCGAGAAGAAGGUCGCAGCUCUGCGGAAUGGAGUGGCACUGAAGGCUGUCAACAGCAGAGUUUACAGUCCUCAGUCGUAGCGAGACUAGCAAGUUGUUGGGUCGUAGAAAUGCCAACGAGCCACUUGAGUUUACUGUGACGGACCAGAAUGAGAAGCACAGUCAGUGAAGGGAGUGCCAGAGAGGACAAGUUUUCCUCUGUAGGAGAAGCUGCAGAAGCAGAGCAGGGGAGAAGCAAAUCCGAAUCAGCAAGUACAGUUGAAGCUGAAAGGGAACCGGAGGCGUUGGUGGCAGGGCAUGAGCUGGGGCGGCCUAUCCCUCAGGAAGAGGGCGUGGUAGUUAGUUUGAAUACCAGAUCGACUUAGUUGCGUGUUUGUCUUUUGGCCACUGGCUUGUAGUACUAGAACGGAUCUCUAAUCUCUCCUCUGACCUUCUAACUAUCUCCGUUUCUCCUUACUCACCUUGCUGUUCUUCCUCUCGGACUCCAAAUUCCUGCAAUCCAGAGAGUAAUCUGAGUUGGUACGUA